UUUAGGUUUUACAUUAUACUGUUAGGAUGUGCCUGGAGUAGGGUGGAGUAUAUGGAAACAUAAGGAAAAGAAAUGAAAAAGAUAGUUUGGAGUGUUGGGAUAUAAAUAUUGUAUCUAGGUAUUGACUAACCUAGAAUCUCAAUAUUUGCAGAAUCUUAGAGGCUUAUAGAAAACUUUAGGUAUGCCUCAUUUUUUCUUUCAUCCUUUUAUCGACAGACCCUAAUUGACUAUUCAAAAGAAGUUAAGUCAUUUUUUUAACCUGUCUUAGGCCUUUUGUGAUGCAUUAAUGAUCAAGGAAGUUUCAGAUGAUGAUGAUUUCUUUGCAAUUGGUGGAGACUCCCUAGCUGCUGCACAUCUUUCUCAUAGUCUGGGUAUCAAUAUGAGGUUGAUGUACGAAUUUCCAAGCCCAUCUAAGCUUUUCAAUCAUCUGUUAGAGAAGAAAGAAUUGCCUAGAGAAGGUAGCAGAAACAGUGUCAGUCAGAAAUCAGACCUGGAGAAAGAGAAUCCGAAUGAUACUGAUCUGAUUGGUGGUGACAUUCCUGUUGGCCUUGGUGUCGUGUCAAACUCUUCACCUUUGGGAACACGUUGUGAAGAGAACAUCCCUCCUAAGCGAUUAAAAGUUGAUUCUGAUAAGUAUGUAUUUCGAUCAAAGAAAGAUCAGAAUCCUUGGAAUUUACUAUCUGCACAAAUACAAUACUCUUUCAGCCGGUGCAACAAAGUGUCUUAUGUAAAUGCAUGCAAUAGUGAGGAUGCAGCUCAAGGAAACUGGUCUGUUGAGUUUCCAAGGGAUAGGAUGGUUUCUAUGCAGAAGUUAUGGAAUGUUAGUAUGGAUUCUUGUGUAGACGCGUCGCCCCUAGUCGUCUUCAAACAUUCAAAGAUCUAUCUAUUUAUUGGAUCUCACUCACACAAAUUCCUUUGCAUUGACGCCAAAAGAAUUUCAAUACAUCCUUUUUUCCUGCUUUCUCACCUUAUUCCUGAAGCGGGCGCUGCAGUCUGUGCUACUAAGUUUGGUCUGCACACUUCCAGUAUGAUAGACACGUUAGAUGAUCUUUGAAAGAGUUGGCAAGUUUUCUUAUACAGAUGAGUGGAUUGUCAUACUAAGUUCAGUUCCAUGCCCAAUUUCAUAUGCAGGGUCGAGCAUUUGAAUUUCAUUAUCUUUCAUCCUUGAAACAUAUAUUCAUUUGCUUUGAUUUAGAGUGGUAAAAUGGUUAUAAAUUAUUAGAAUUCAGCAGAUCUUCUAACACAAUUUAAAAGCGAAAACACGGGUGGCAAUUUAGGU